AUGAGUUAUAACUCUGUAUGCAUUCCCUUCCAGGUAACAAACUUGGAAGAGCGAGGUCGUGUGAAGUGCUAUCAGUAUUGGCCUUCGGAGGAGGGAUCCACUUACGGUGAUAUUCAAAUAAAUCUGACACAGACAGUAGAGUUAAGUGACUUUACUAUCCGCACGUUUUGUCUAAAGAAGGCCAAUAGCAGAGCUGAGCGAACUGUGAAUCAGUACCAUUACACUGUAUGGCCAGAUCAUGGUGUUCCUUCCUGCCCAACUUCUUUGCUAACGUUUGUUAGGAAAGCAUCGGGUGCUAACCCGUCUGAUGCCGGGUCUAUGGUGAGUUGGAAAAUGUGAAUCUUUAAUCUUUAAUCGGUUAAUUGCCAAUUAUAUCAUAGGCUAAAAUGGGUAGCAUAAUUAGGCAGUAAGUGAUGGUAGAUAGCUUUUCGCUGUGAGCUAAAACAUGGGCAAAGACGGAGCGGAAACAAUAGUAUAUGGAAGACUCUUCCUCGAAGGUACACAUCGAGCAAAAAAGAGUUUUGGGGGGCAUCAACAAAGGCAAAAAUACAGGUGCGUGUUGUAACAGUUGUUCGCAAUAGAGACCUUUGAUCUUUGUAACUGGUAUUGAAAGUGUUUCUUCGAAAAACGAAAGAAUUUCACAACUUAGAAGUGAACUCUAACCUUUCUUAUGCAAGCCUCUUCCCCUUACCACUUCACUUUCACCCCGAACCACCAAAAUUCCGAAACAUUUACGAGCACAUAUUGAUUAUUCACCUUUCGUACGUCAUGCAUCUUCAACAGGUGAACCUUAACCUUUUCCGGACGUUUACUGUGAAUUGACCUUUGGCUUAAACUUUGUUCUUUCUGAAAAUAAAAAUGUAUCUUUUGCAUUAUUGUAACUUUAUCCAGAGCAUAUAUUAGAUCUACCAUAACAAAGGCUUGGUUAAAUAUGAUAGCACUCCCUUAUUUAGAAAAGGGAAAUUGGCGACGUUGGCUCGGGGAUUAGGGAGUUUAAGCACGUUAACAUGAAGUGGACUUUUUGCCCUCUUGAGCGGUGAUUUUUAGAGCGUAGAAACUUAGCCAUACAAAUUUGGUAGCGUCAAGGUAUUUAAAAGCGGAAAAGGCUCUCUUCCGGUUGACGUGGGUCGCUCAAAAACGUCCCUGCUUAAACUCCCUAAUACCGCCGCGCACAAUAGUGGGAGGUCUGUGCUUUCUCCACCCCUUGCUCUCCUCAGUCUAGCUAUUUAUGUUGCAGGUUGUUCACUGCAGCGCCGGUGUGGGGAGAACCGGUACAUUCAUUGUUGUAGACUCCAUGCUGCAGCGUAUAGCGGCAGAGAAAACAGUCGACGUGUUUGGAUAUGUGAUGUCUUUGCGCUGUGACAGAAACAUCAUGGUACAAGUAGAAGAACAGUACGUUUUUAUCCAUGAAGUUCUCGUGGAAGCUAUUCACGCUGGGUAUACUGAAAUACGCGCGAAUGAACUCAGAGCACACGUCAAGAGGCUUAUGGAAGUCAAUGCAAAUACAGGUACAUCCCCAAUGGAUUUCCACCAAUUUUGCCGAUUAUAUGGGUAAUGGAUGGUAAUAUGGGAUCGUUACAAAAUUUUGGGAAGCUGCCCACCUCAAGGACCCUUCCCACAACCCAACGCUAACACCACUUUUUAACUAAGGGAAACUGUUGGGUCAAGGAGGCGGGGGGGGGGGGGGGGUGAAUGGGUGGGGAGGAAGUUUCCCGCGUAGAGCCAUUAGAAGGACAAUCCUUUAGACACGUAUUUGUAAGAACGGUGGCGCCAGUUUAUAGGUUAUCUUUAAAAACGUUUGCCCGACUUUAUAUCAGCUGGAAUGAGCUCAUUUUUAUUCCUGUUGUUUACUGCCUCUUAUUGUAGAUUUCAGAUUCAUCUCUGCAUUCUUGCAUGCGUAAUGAGCCGUGAAUUAACACGCGAGGCAGUUAUUAAAUUUCUAACAGCUCGGUUUUGCCAGAAUUUGAUGUAAAUGUCCUCGAAGCAAUUUUAACCAUUCCAAGAUUUUCAAUCUGACCAGUUACGGGGAAGUUCUCAUAAAAUAGUCACUGCUUAUUACAAGUGCAGCAAUGUCGAUUUGAAUUAGACACUAGUUACGGGAACGACUACUGGAUUUAUUUUUCAAAUAUCAAUUCAUUAAUAGAAUCUAAUAGGGGUACGCUUGACCUGCCUUGACUGUAAAGAAACAAUAGCGGCUUAAUUUGCACAAGAAAACAACAGACUGAAGGAUUUUGGUAGUUACUGUAAAAUGACGUUAUCGUACAAUUGUCCUGGGCCUUGUCCAGCUGUUCAGUGGCCCAUAAUUCGUUUACUUCUCAUGCAACAUGGUGGACUUAUGGUUAGUUGGGAGUUGGGCGGGUUCGUUCGAGCACUCAUCAUAAUUCACCUUUUUAGUUUAUUUCAUUUUAUUUACUUUUUUAACAGUAUUUUUAAUAAAUGGAAGAGCAAGUCAUUAUUGGAUCUUAGUGAUCACAGCAAUGACCUGUUCGUUCUAAGACAGAGAAAGAUGCGUUCAAUCAGAUAAUCGUCUUUGCUCGGAUAAUACCUUAUGCUACGCGCUCGGUCAUUAUUUAUACGAAGUCCUCGGAGCUUAGGCAUUAUCUCAUGUAUCAUGCAACUUUCUUUUAUUUGUCGACGUUAGAUCUACUCAAACGGGUCUUCAUAAGAGUGAGCCUCUCAUGAAAAGUACCCGCGGUUUCUAACAGGUAAUUAGCGAAUAAGGACAAUUUUUAAGUCCCUUUCUGGUUAAUCCUGUUUAAGCCCUUACGGUUUAACCGGCUAAAGUUAACAUCAAAGGUCAUCUUGAUUCACAGACAACCCCAACUAUGUCCCUGGAGAAUCCAUACCCGUGGAGGAGUUCGAAGGUCACGUGCGUCGCCUCCACGCAAAUGGCGACCUGUUGUUCUCUCAAGAAUACAGUGCUCUUCGUCCCUCUAUGGACUUUACUUGGAAUGCCACGCUAGCGCAAGAGAACAGAUUCAAGAACCGUUACAAUAAUAUUGUUGCCUAUGACCAUAGCCGAGUUUGUCUGACGCCGUUACAGGGGGUACCUGGGUCAGACUACAUCAACGCGAACUAUCUUGAUGGUUAUAGAAAAAAGAGGGCUUAUAUCGCUACUCAGGGACCCCUCCCAGAGACUGUUGACGACUUCUGGAGAAUGGUGUGGGAGCAAAACACAAAGACCAUUGUUAUGGUUUGUAUUCAUUAA